CUCAAUUAAUUGGCUCUCUUCUCUCCUCUUGUCUCCUUUUUUCUCAAGAAUAUACUCCCGCCACCCACCCGCCGCCGUAUGAUCUGUUUCGUGGCAGCGGUUAAAUCAUCUUUUUGUUAUUUGUAUUGAUAUGGGUUGCGGUGGUUCAAGGCUAGGAGGUCCAGCGGCGGCUAGAGCGGAUGAGGGCGGCGUUGUCCCACUUCCGGCGGGAAUACGUCCGCUUCUCCGGCGGAGAUUUGAGGAGAUGAAGAAACGGAGCCAUGCAAACGUUUUUAAAGGGAACGAUACGCUAUCCAAGACGGAGCUUCUAUGGCACAACUCAUCCGAGGACGGAGACGAGAAGGAGGAGAACUUCGACAGCUUGAAGUUAUCGGCUAAGGUGGCUCCUACGCCUGAUCAUCACGUGGAAGAGAAGAAAGAGGUUAUUUAUAAGAAGAUUUCGUCCAUAGAUGAGAUUAAAGAGGAGAAAGAGGUUGUUAAGAAACAAGAUGAGAAAAUUGAUGAUGCCAUCAACGUUAAUAAAGAAGGAAAUAAUGGUAUAAAUCAUGAUGGGGUCCUCAUUGCUAAGAAGGAAGGAGAUGAUGGUGUUGCUCAUGAUGAUUGUUUAAAUCUUGAUGAGGUCAUCAUUGCUAAGAAGGAAGGAGAAAAGGGUGUUGAUCAUGAUGAAGGGAGGAUGAGCAAUUUAGAUGAGAGGAUGAUAUGUCCUGGAUCUCCAAGCUUUAGGGUUUAUUGCAUCGAUGUUGCUUCUGAUGAUGACAAAGAAGAAGAAGAAGGUGAAGUCCCGAGAAAGUCGAUGGAAACUGAAAGCGUCAUCAUAGAACCAAAAGAGGAAGAAAGCAUCGUGAAAAAGGAGAAAAGAGAAAGAAAAGGAAAUAAAUUCGGAAUAGCAUUGCCAAGGAAGUAUUUAUCUAAUGUGACUGCACAGUGCUAUGCGAAUGCAGGAUGCAUGGGCAAUAACACUCACACUCGUCGUGUGCAAGAGAAAUCGAGCCAGUGAAUAAUAUGUUUGCCAUCUUUGAAUUGAUUUGUUGAGGGAAGAAUGAUGUGUGGUGUUCGUACAAGGCCAAUGAAUAUUUAAAAACCACCCCAACAUGGAAAACACUAAUACCCUUUUAAUUAUACCUUUAUUUGUUUUGAGAGACGCUUAUUUAAGAAUUUGUACACCUCUUCGUCUCUUUGCUUUCUCUCAGGAUAAGUUAGUGUUUAACGAAUUUUACCUUUUUACUUUCACGUGGAUAAAUGUAAG